CAGACCUUUAACCGACUGAGCCACCCAGGCACCCCUAGGGCGGCACUGAGAGAGAGAGGCGGGCGCCCUGGAUCCUGAUUGCCCUUCUGCCAGGAAGACACAUGUAGCCAAAGAUGAAUUUGGGCAAAGUAGUCGCUUGCUCCUUUAGCCAUGGAAAAGCAGGGACACGGUGAGAUGGGGAUAAUCCCAUCAGAGUCUCACUCCCAUGUUAAAUUGUUGAAAAUCAACCGGGAACUUCUGGUCACUCACAUCCGCAACACUCAGUGUCUGGUGGACAACUUGCUGAAGAACGACUACUUCUCUUCUGAAGAUGCGGAGAUCGUGUGUGCCUGCCCCACGCAGCCCGACAAGGUCCGCAAAAUUCUGGACCUGGUACAGAGCAAGGGCGAGGAGGUGUCCGAGUUCUUCCUCUACGUGCUCCAGCGACUCGCAGAUGCUUAUGUGGAUCUCAGGCCUUGGCUGUCGGAGACGGGCUUCUCCCCCUCAGAGCUCAUUCAGAGCAAAGUUGUCGUCAACACCGACCCAGUGAGCAGGUACACGGAGAAGCUGCGACAGCAACUGGGCCGUGACUCCAAGUUCGUGCUGUGCUACGCCCAGAAAGAGGAGCUGCUGCUGGAAGAGACGUACACCGACACCAUCCUGGAGCUGGUGGGCUUCAGGAACGAGAGCCUGGGCCCGCUGGGCAGCCUGGCCUGCCUCCUGGACCACUGCACCGGCGUCCUCAGCGAGCAGGGCGAGACCAUCUUCAUCUGCGGGGACGCGGGCGUGGGCAAGUCCAUGCUGCUGCAGCGGCUGCAGAACCUGUGGGCCACGGGGCUGCUGGAUGCCGAGUUCAAGUUCUUCUUCCACUUCCGCUGCCGCGUGUUCAGCUGCUUCAAGGAGGGCGACACGCUGUGCCUGCGGGACCUGCUCUUCAAGCAUUACUGCUACCCGGAGCAGGACCCCGACGAGGUGUUUGCCUUCCUGCUGCGCUUCCCCCAGACGGCCCUCUUCACCUUCGACGGCCUGGACGAGCUGCACUCGGACUUCGACCUGAGCAGCGCACCAGACACCUGCUCCCCCUGGGAGCCCGCCCACCCGCUGCUCCUGCUGGCCAACCUGCUCAGCGGGAAGCUGCUCAAGGGGGCCGGCAAGCUGCUCACGGCCCGCACGGGCAUCGAGAUCCCGCGUCAGCUCCUCCGCAAGAAGGUGCUUCUGCGGGGCUUCGCCCCCAGCCACCUGCGCGCCUACACGCGGAAGGUGUUCCCCGACCGCGCGGUGCGGGAGCGCCUGCUGGCCCAGCUGGAGGCCAACCCCAACCUCUGCAGCCUGUGUGCCGUGCCCCUCUUCUGCUGGAUCAUCUUCCGCUGUUUCCAGCACUUCGGCAGUGUUUGGGACGGCUCUGCGCAGCUGCCCGACUGCACGGUGACCCUGACCGAUGUCUUCCUGCUGGUGACCGAGGUCCACCUGAACAGGACUCAGCCCACCAGCCUGGUGCAGCGGAACACGCGCAGCCAGACCGAGACGUUCCGCGCCGGCCGCAGCGCCCUGCGCUCGUUGGGGCAGGUGGCCCACUGGGGCAUGGAGAAGAACCUCUUUGUCUUUGGCCCGGAGGAGGUGCAGGCGGCCGAGAUGCAGGAGGAGGAGCUGCAGCUGGGCUUCCUGCGGGCCGUGCCGGAGCAGGGCCUGGACGGCGACCGGCAGUCCUAUGAGUUCUUCCACCUCACCCUCCAGGCCUUCUUUACCGCCUUCUUUCUCGUCGUGGACGACAAGGUGAGCACUCAGCAGCUGCUCAGCUUCUUCCAGGAGUGCGCACCUCCUGGGGGGGCAGGAGCCGAGUCCUGCUAUCCCCCCUUUCUCCCCUUCCAGUGCCUGAAGGGCAGUGGCCUGGCGGGGGAGGACCCCUUCAAGAACAAGGAUCACUUUCAGUUCACUAACCUCUUCCUGUGCGGGCUGUUGUCCAAGGCCAAGCAGAAACUGCUGCGGCACCUGGUGCCCGCCGCGGCCCUGCGGAGAAAGCGCAAGGUCCUGUGGUCACACCUGUUGGCUAGCCUGCAGGCCCACCUGAAGAACCUGCCCCGAGUGCAGUCGGGGGGCUUCAGCCAGGUACAGGCCAUGCCCACCUUCCUCUGGAUGCUGCGCUGCAUCUACGAGACCCAGAGCGAGAAGGUGGGGCGGCUGGCGGCCAAGGGCAUCUGCGCCAACUACCUCAAGCUGACCUACUGCAAUGCGUGCUCGGCCGACUGCAGCGCCCUCUCCUUCGUCCUGCACCACUUACGCAGGCGGCUUGCCCUUGACCUGGACAACAACAAUCUCAACGACUACGGCGUGCGGGAGCUGCAGCCCUGCUUCAGCCGCCUCACCGUCAUCAGACUCAGUGUCAACCAGAUCACUGACAGCGGGGUAAAGGUGCUAUAUGAAGAGCUGACCAAAUACAGAAUUCUGACCUUCUUAGGCCUGUACAACAACCAGAUCACUGACGUCGGAGCCAGGUACAUCGCCAGAAUCCUGGACGAGUGCAAAGGCCUCACACACCUGAAACUGGGGGAGAACAAAAUAACGAGUGAAGGAGGAAAGUGCCUCGCCCUGGCUGUGAAGAACAGCAAAUCGAUCUUUGAGAUCGGGAUGUGGGGCAACAGAAUCGGCGAUGAAGGAGCAAAGGCCUUCGCGGAGGCUCUGAGGAACCACCCCAGCCUGACCAACCUGAGUCUUGCAUUCAACGGCAUCUCCACAGAAGGAGGAAAGAGCCUCGCACAGGCCCUGCAGUGCAACACCUCUCUGAGAAUAUUCUGGCUCACCAAAAAUGAACUCAAUGAUGAAGUGGCAGAGAGCCUGGCAGAGAUGUUGAGAGUCAACCAGACGUUGAAACAUUUAUGGCUUAUCCAGAACCAGAUCACAGCCAAGGGGAUUGCCCAGCUGGCAGAUGCCUUACAGAGGAACACUGGCAUUAUGGAGAUUUGCCUAAAUGGAAACUUGAUAAAGCCAGAGGAGGCCAAAGUCUUUGAAGAUGAGAAGCGGAUCAUCUGCUUCUGAGAGGCAGGGGUCUGAGCCCAAGGAGGAGCCCGUUGCCCUGAUGAACAGAGGAGCCACCCCGCAUAGCUGUUACAAUUUUGCAGGGCCUGAGUGCGCCUGGUGAGCCAUUUUAGUGACUAAAUGCACUAUGAAGAGAUGUAAUGCAUAUGCAGGAUCAUUUUUAUCGGACAUGAGAGGAAUAAGGCUGAGCUCAAAACUGGCCCUCAGCACCAGGGAAGUGAGUCAGUCAUGCUGUCUUCAUGGAAGAGUUGAGGACACAGUAGAGAGUUAGUGCCACGCUUCUUGCAGAAAAGGUGCUCAACAAACAAGUGUUUUACCUGGAACAUUCUCUUCCUCCUUAGUACCUCCCAACAGGUUGACGGUCUGCCCACUUCACAGCUGUAGAGACUGAGAUAUGCGCAGCGUCGGGAUUUGGCGCUUUUAAGGUUUUGCCAAAGCAAAGGCUCCUUGUGGGCUUCUGGUUUAGUCCUUGGGUCUCAGUGUCUGUUGACGGAGAUCACAGGGUGCCCUCUUAGCAGGUCUAAGAGAAAGGGUGGCGUCUUCAUACUGCGGAGUUUCCACUUAGGGCUUCCUCAUGCUGGGCUGACUUCCUCAGGAAGGCUGCUAAGUGUGGGCAUAAGUGCUCUGCGCCAGGAGGAAGAACCCGUGCCCUUCCUCGAAAAGGAAGAAGGCCUGGCUUGCCUUUGUGGCCCUGGGGUCCAAACAGAAGCUUCUGUCUCUGUCUCUUGCCCUCCUGAGGAAGGGAGAUCUCUCCCUGCCCCGGAGUAGUUGUGAGGAUGACUGAACCCGACUGAAGGCUGAGGGAGUUGCUGAGAACCCGGCUAGCAGAGCAUGUUACACGGACCAUCACGGCAGGCAUGUGCUGGACAUUAAAUGGGGGAGGGGUGGUGAUAUUACCAGAUAACUUGUUCUUUUGCCAAUUCGUUUAAUAAAGUACU